GCGAAAACAUCUUUGAUCUUCUUCAGGACGAAACUUUUGUUGCCUCUAUUCCACACUCAAUAUGGCCACCAGCGAUGACGAACCUAUGCAUUUGUAUGAAGUCUUUCAGAAUUGUUUCAAUAAAAUAGCAAAUAAACAACCUGCUGGAGCCGGUACGAAUGUUGGUGUACCUGGGGAUCGCAAUGGCGGUUAUCAAUCAUCAUAUGGCGGUCUCGGUGGCAUGGAGAAUGGCAUGUACGGAGGAGAUGAUUUUAAUCCGAUACAUGAAGGAGCCGCUAGCAGUGGCAUGCGAUUCCCGAGUGGCGCACCAGUAGAUCAGUAUUUUGACGGAGGAAUUGGUAAUGGUGGAAAUGCGGGUGGCAGUGGAGGUUGGUAUGGUUCACCAGUAGGCGGAACAGGCGCUUACGGCGGCCAAGCAGCAUAUCAAAACAACGGACCUAUGAGCGGUCAUCACUUGGGGGGUCCACCACAGCACCAUGAUCCCGAUGCACAUCAUAUGGGUCCGAAUUCAGCCAUGGGGCUUCAAAUGGAUCCUGGUCACGUAGGCAUGCACAGUCCAGCACCCACAUUGUUGCCUCCUAUGAGCUCUUUUCGCGGCAAUAACACAAAUAACAUACAACAAAUCGGUGGGAAUCCAGCUGCACAUUCGCCCGCCUUAUAUAACUCACCACAGCCACAUAGCACUCCACACAGCUCCAUAUCCACACCGGGACCACAUCCCAACCAUCAUCCUAUGGGAGGGCACCACGCCGCACCACAUAGUCCAGCAAUACAGAAUGAUGCUUUUGCUGUGGGCGGAGUGGGCGUGCCCGGUGUCGGUGUCAAUAUUGGACCGAAACCUUCCUCCACCUCCAAUGUAGGCGGCGUCCCUGGGACAAACGGUCCAAACAGUGGACUGCGUCAACACAUGUAUAUGUCAUCAACCCCGGCCGAUCAGUCCAUCAGUAGUUUCAGUUCAAAUCCCUCAACACCUGUGAAUUCACCUCCUCCACUCACCCAAAGCGGAUUAGUUGGACAGACUAUGAUGGUGGAUAAAAGUGGAGUUGGGCCAUCAGGUCCCUCUGGUUCUGGAUGGGGUCACACGGUUCUAAAUGGAGCUGGUCCCAGUAGCAGUAGUGCUGUAGGCGGUGGUGCUAGUGGAAAUUACGCAUCCGAUAUGGUGCCAUCCGGUCUGCAUUCACUAGACGAUGCUCUUCAUGUGCUGCGUAAUCAUUGUGAACCCGAGCUUUUGAGCGGAGUAAAUGCGACGCUCUCUGCUAUGGACAAUAUUGAUGGAUUGUCUUCAUUUGUACCAACAUCCCCGUCCGGACACGGUAUGGUUUCGGGCGGUGCCGGUCCCUCAGUGCUUAACACAACACACGACGUGAUGUCGGCGGGUCCGUCGUCCGUGCAAAAUGUGGGAGGCGUUGUAGGAGGACUAGCCCCUCAAAUAAAAAUGGAGCGCACAUCAACAACGGUAAACGCAAGUGGUUCAUCGGGCGCAACAGGUGCGACAAAGGGCAAAAAACGGAAAGAACAGUCAGCGAAUGCAGCAGCUGCUUCCAGUGUGGCUCCGUCCACGUCAGCUAUGAACAGCAUGCUCGAUGUGACAGACACUAAGCCGAGCAGUUCAAUGGAAAGUUCCCAGCAUGGCCAGGGUCCUUUAUCCGGAAAAGGCACAAAAAGACCACGUCGUUACUGUUCAUCGGCGGAUGAUGACGAUGAUGCUGAGCCCGCUGUUAAAGCCAUGCGAGAGAAAGAAAGACGCCAAGCGAAUAAUGCACGUGAGCGUAUUCGUAUACGGGACAUAAACGAGGCACUGAAAGAACUCGGUCGCAUGUGUAUGACACACCUGAAAUCCGAUAAGCCGCAGACAAAGUUGGGCAUACUCAACAUGGCCGUUGAGGUGAUAAUGACACUGGAACAGCAGGUGAGGGAACGCAAUUUAAAUCCCAAAGCAGCAUGUCUCAAGCGAAGAGAAGAGGAGAAGGCCGAAGAUGGGCCCAAGCUGGCGGCCCAACAUCAUAUGCUACCGCAACCUCCACCGGGAGUAUAUGGGCAACCAACACCGCAACUACCACCGACAGCCCAAAGCGGUCUCCCAACUGUAGGCCAGCCACCUCUGCAAGCGCAACAACCUGGUGUACAACUGCCGCCCCAUUUACAAAGCCACAAUCCCGCGCCCCACACCCAAUAGCAGGCGCAUAGCAGUCUAAACGAUCCGCCCACUUCCCUUCUGCCAACAGAUAUCGCCGCACAUCAAACCAGCCACCAGCAGCUGACUACACAGCCGCAUCAAUCCCGACAUCAGACCUCCGGAUC